AUGAAAAGAGAACAAGAAACCAUGAGGAGAAAUAUUAGAAAAUCGAUACAGAAAGAAUUGGAAAAAUAUAGUUGGGAUAAAACAGGAAGAACGGAUUUUGCUUUAGAAACUUCCGGUGGAAGAAUCGUGAGAUUGUCUAAAGACACGGAAAACUUCGACGCGUCGAAAUCCAUAUUGGGGAUCACACUUUGCGAAGGAAUGCACGGUCCUAGAGCGAUGCUGCAAGCGGAUAUGUCCCCGGGACAUUGCUGGGCUUUGAAAGGAUCUAGCGGCGGAGUCGUCAUUAAACUGUUGGGUAAAAUAAAAAUAAACGCCGUAACUAUUGAACAUAUUCCCGAAAAUAUGUCGCCGACUUUAGAUAUACAAUCGGCUCCUAAGGAUUUCGAGAUAUGGGGUAUUAAAGACGUUAACGAAAAAGGUGAAUACAUUGGAAGGUUCACGUUUAAAUUGAAUGGACAAUCGAUUCAAACAUUCGAUAUUAAUCAGUCUAAUUUUUAUAGUUAUAUAGAAUUUCGUGUUCUAACUAAUCAUAAUAACCCUGAUUAUACUUGCGUGUAUAGGUUAAGAGUUCACGGGAUUUUGGCGACGUAA